GAUGGAUCAUAUACAAUCAUAUACGCGCCUACCGUCGUCACCAACUGCGAAAUUGAUGAUUUGAGAGAUCCUCGACGCGCUGUCCUGCAUAAUCCACUCAUUCCCAGAACGCAUUGCCAACCCUGUGGUCUGGGGCCCUGAUCCAGUCGAUCGCGUCGGUCCAUGCAAGAUCUUUGAGGAACCCCUCACUUAGCUUCGGCCAUAUUGGUGGUAACAUCUCUCUGGUCAGUGACAUGUCCACAAUGCACGCCCCAAUUACUGGUGUCUUUGGACUGCAAAAGUCUGGGGCUACGGACCAUCAUUGCACACAAGGACACAUGGCUGUGGUAGACGAUGGUACUGCCACAGACAGUGACGCCUCGGUAGACUCACGUCGCGGAGAGAGCGACCACGGAGAUGAGGAUGAGGAAGAAGAAGUGGACGACUCUGUCCGGGAAGACAUGAAGAAACUUGAGGAUACAUUUCCGGGGAUCUCUGAUCGAUUCCGUCUGGUGAACAGGAUCGGUGAAGGGACAUUUUCAACAGUCUACAAAGCUGAGGACCUUUUGUACGACCAUUACAAGAAUGAUUGGGACACUUUCCAGGAAAACCAAAGCAGUGACUGGUCAAUGGAGGAGUCGGUCACCAAACGGAGAAAACCGCGAUAUGUUGCACUGAAGAAGAUCUACGUUACCAGCAGUCCGUUGAGGAUCCAAAACGAGCUGGAGCUGCUCCAUGACCUUCGGGGCUGCCGGUCCGUGUGCCCUUUGAUCACAGCUUUCAGGCACCAGGACCAGGUUGUGGCUGUCUUGCCUUUCUUUCCCCAUACCGACUUUCGCAUUCAAUAUCGCACAUUCAUGGUCGCCGAUAUGCGACAUUAUUUCAGAUCCCUUUUCACCGCGCUAAACUCCGUCCAUAAGCACAAUAUUCUUCAUCGAGACAUCAAGCCAACUAACUUCUUGUACAACCCCGAGCUCCGCGAAGGAGUCCUUGUAGACUUUGGUCUGGCGGAACGUGAGGGGUCGGAAUAUACUGGCACCUGUCUUUGCGCCAUCCCAAACUUUGUGCGCCGCAAUCGGUUGCUGCAGAGCUACUAUUAUACGCAUUGCUCUACGUCCGCGCUCUCGGCCGGCUACCCUAAGAACGAUUCACGGCCGGCAAGACGUGCUAAUCGAGCGGGAACUCGCGGCUUCCGGGCGCCGGAGGUUCUUUUCAAAUGUACAUCUCAAACAACCAAGAUAGACAUGUGGUCUGCCGGCGUGAUUUUGUUAACCUUGCUUGGACGUCGAUUCCCUUUUUUCAACUCUGCUGACGAUGUUGAUGCCAUGAUCGAAAUGGCAAGUAUAUUUGGCACCCGUCGGAUGAAGACUGCAGCGGCCAUGCAUGGUCAGAUUUUCGAAACCAACAUUCCUACCAUUGGCGAAAAGGGCUAUGGCUGGGAGAAACUGGUGAAAUGGGCCAGUUGCGUGGAAGAAUUGACCGAGAGCGAGAGGCAAGCCACUCGACUCUUGGCUGGUCUCAUGGAGCUGGACCCGUACAAACGACUAAGUGCCAGGGAAGCUUUGCGGCACGAGUUCUUCACCAACCCUAUUGAGCACGAUGUGGAGUGGGGCGGACAUCCUGAGGACAGCGCAGAUACUGGGGAGGACGAAGAAGGCGAUAGAGAUGAUGACGGGGCGGAUGAAGUAGCGAUGGUGUAGAAGGUUUGGAAAUUAUGUAUGAUUAUGAUAUCCCACUAAGAACGGCAUUUUGUUUGUGUCAAUCCAAUG